CAUGGGGAUCCCGGCGCGAGGGGAUGGCGGCGAGCAGCGGAGGUAUUUCAGGGAAACGCCGGACGUGAGCGUCACGCCGGUGGAUUUCCUGUGCUCCACGAAGGAGAGCGAUCUCUUCCUGGCGUGGAAUGUGACCAAGAUCCAGGGAUGGUGGAAAUCUAGGGCCCGCGCUAGAGAAUUCGCUGCCAUGAAAGAAGCUGCGCGUUUGCUGCAAGCGGCCUGGAGGAAGCACCGAAAUGCCAGGAGAAUACGAAGAAAACGGGGCCGAUCUAGAAAUUCACUGCACGCUGCUGCAUGGACGAUCCAACGCAUGACCGAUUGUGUGGAUUGGAGCGAUACGAGGCUGCGUCGGCUCAAGAGACAGCUCUGGGAGGAAGUCCAGAUCGAUAAGAGUCGGCUAAAAGAAGAAUGCAGCAAAGCCGAGGCUGCAAAGGUCGACGAGACGAAUCUACAACAACAGCAAGUGGAUGAGAAACCACUGCUGCAAGCUCUGGAGAAUGGAUCACAGGAGGCUCAGGAGCAGCAGCUGGAUGGAGAUGAAGAUGGCAGCUCCAAUCCUGCGCAAGCCUUGAGCGAAGAUCCAAACGAGAGGCAGCAAAAGUGUGCUUCGCAGCACUCGGACAGGUCCCGGGCCGAUAUGAAAGCCGAUAUCAGGUUGCGGGCGGAGAAACUCUACGUUAUUCGGUCGCUUCCUCUAGGUUUGAACCGGAGGCACAACCGGUACUGGCAGUUCGUCACUAGUAGUAGCGGACACGACCCUGGGUGUAGAAGGAUCUACUUUGAAUCGCAUGAAGAUGGCCACUGGGAAGUCAUCGACACCGAAGAGGCUUUGAACGCGCUGAUGAACUUUCUGGACAUAAGAGGCACGAGAGAAGCAAAUCUCUUCGUAGCUCUCAAGGAGCUUGAAGGCUCGCUAAGGCAAGCCAUGAGCAGCUCUAGCACCAAGCAGAACCAAGACCACCACCAAAGUCACCACACCGGAAAUGGAAAUGGAGCUGGAGUUCAAGCUGGAGCUGCGAGUGGAAAUGGAAAUGGAAACGACUCUUGCGAGGGGAGUCCAUCUUCCAGCGCCGUGGUUGGAAAUGGCGGCAAAGACUCGACGAGCUCCGACGCUCGGGUAGGAUCGCUCAAAGUCGAGCUCGGAAGAUCAGCGUCGGAGAACUCCGGCGCCAUGGAACGAUACAAAGACAUGGAAAGGUGGCUGUGGAGGCACUGCAGCGUCAAGGCGCUGCAAAGAGGUGGCGAGAAGCGACGAGAGAGCGAGAGCGAUGGGAUGAUCGCCGAGUGUGAGUCGUGCCAUGACUUGCGCUGGGCCGUCGACAAGCACUGCCCGUUUUGCCACUCCACCGGCGAGGAAGAUGUCUGGAGUGAUUUCUCGCAGCACGUCCGCGACUGCGAGCAAAAGAUGAUCAGCAGGGAUCCCGCCUGGAGAAUCCAAGGUGGUGUUCUUCCUCCGCGAAUACAGUUGCUCAAGAAACUGCUGUUUCUAGUCGAGAUUUGUAUUCCUUGCGAGGCACUUAAGCCUGCAUGGUCGACAAAUUCUUACAGAAAGGCGUGGUGUCAAAUGCUCAAGGUUGCUUCUUCGGCAGGAGAAAUUCUCUAG